AAUUUUCUCAAAAAUCCAAAUGGAAACUUACUCACAGAAGAAAUGUUCCCUGACCAAGGGCUUGUUCACAAAGAGAGGCAGCUGAUUUGAAAUUUUGGUCUUUGUGGGGUACAUUGAUCAGUGGCAGUGGCUGAUGAAGUUGUUGUGAAGAGAGACUAAGGAGUAUUAUGAGAAGAGGGAGAAGGAGUUUAGGGAGUUGCAGAAGCUGACGCUUGGAAGAGGAUGGGAGAUUAUGCAGCAGAUUAGGAGGUAUUAUGAUAAGGAGGCGUACUUGCCGAGUGGGUUUGACCUGCCUUUGGCUUUUGAUGGAGGGUUUUAUGUUUUGCCGAUUUUAGAGAGUAUUAUGAAAGAUAAUUCAGACCUUCCGACUUUUAGAUCGUUGUAUUUGAGGUCUUUUGGGGAGAAGAUGGGUUAUUCAACGACUCAAAAUAAAGAAUUUGAUCGUGUGGUGAAUUUUAUUGAUCAUAUUUGUCAGAAUUAUGAAGAUAGCCUAUUGUCAGAAUUUCCAAAAAUUCCUUUUGAAACUAUAAAAAUAAAUAAAAAAUUCUUUGAUACAAGAUAUUUAAGAAAUGUUUUAUCAAAGCUGCUUGCUAUAAAAGAAUGUAAAAUUACAAUACAAUUUGACAACAUUCCUCCUAUGUUAGAAGUUUAUGGAAUAUUAAAAAGAAUUAAGGACCAUGAAAUAAUCACUCUUGAAAAUAUGAUAGCUGACGGAGAUACAACUAAAUCAGUUUACCCAAUUGUCUCCUCAUCCAGUAUUAAAAAGAUAUACCUCAAAGAAAACAUGGCUUACCUACCUCAAGGUAAAACCAGAUUCUCUCGUGACUGCCAAAGCUUAUACACAGUAACCAUCGCAUUCAUCAACAUGCUUGAAGAAUCUUCUAUCACUUCUUCUCUAGAAUCAAUCCAUUUAUCCCUACUCGACAACUCUGACCUCCACACCCACUACUCUCCAAAGCUAAAGAAGAUGUUGGAGCAAGUUCAGGAGACGAUCAGUGGGUAUGUUGAGGAGAGGGGGAUGAGUUUUGGGUUUAUUUUUGAACAUUUGGUGUAAGAUUGGUUUGACAA